AUGAUUUUCACUGCACAGAAGGAAAUGUUGUAUCCAUCAAUUCAAUCGACUGGAAAUUGCUCAACAUUUCAGAUGCAUUGGGUUUCAGCAGCUCUUAGAGCAUGUAUGGUGGUUUUCUUUUCUCAGCGGGAUUCAUACAAAAUUUUAAAAACUUUAAUUUUCUUAAAACCUAUCAAAAAAUGUUUUUCUUUCAGAUGACACAACAUCGACUUCAACAAUCAACGAAAAUAAAACCGAAGAAAUUGCCAAAAAACCACCAACCACAUAUUCACCAUCUUAUAUUUCACUAUCAACAAAAUAUAUUGAAGAGAAAAAUCAGUCGGCCAUGCAAAAUUCAUUGAACAGUUUGCUCUCACCAAGAGAAAAACCAUACGGUGAUGAUGUUACAAUUUUGAAAUCUGUGAGUUUUCUAAAAGUUUUUUUUGCUUACAUUAGCUUAUAUAAUAAUAUGAAACAAUGUGAUUUGUCUUGAAGGAUGCUUCUAACACUUGCCAAAAUGUUGACGCUAUUCAUCCGCCAGUUAAUACUAAUCACUUAACAACAACAACUACAAUUUUAUCUAAUGAAGUGCCGUCAUUUUUGAAAGUAUGUUUUUAUAAUGUUCAAAAUUUAUGGGAGAUUUUUUUCGAAAUGGUUGAAAAAUGAUAACAAACUACGACAAAAUGCUGAAAAUGUGUAUAUAUUCAAAUACAAAAUUUUGGAGAACUGACGAAAUUUUCAACCAUUUGGAACAGAAGAUUUUCUAGCUUUAUGAAUCACCCUCCAUGGACUUCAAUCAAUAAUUUUUAAUUUUUUCCAGGAUGAUUUCGAAACUUGCUCAACAUCAUCAUCUGACGAGGAUAGUCAAGAUGGCAUCGGAUCAUAUGAUGUCACACCACUUCGCCCAAAUUCACUUAUGCUUACACGUUUGGCAAAUGAAGAUGAAGUUGGAGGCGAUGGAAAUGUUAUCACAAGAAGUUUGAUUUCAUUAGUCGCCGAAGAAGAUCUUCCAGACUUUUUGGUAGCUUUGAAUGAAAAACCAAUUAGAUAUAUAUUUGAAGAAAUGGAAAAACCAAGCACAAGCAGUAUUUUGAAGGUUACUCUCAAUGGGCCAAGAAAUGUUGGUUUUUUGUAAUAAAAAAGUUUGUGAACCUAAAUAUAAAUGAUGAUUUCUAGAACUCUCAAUCAACAAAUUCCUCAUCUUCCAAUCGAAUCCGAUUCUGUACCGAUACACCAUUGGCGUAUGCAUAUUCUGAUGAAAUCACAGCACUUCGAUCGCUUCAAUGGGAAGAUGGAACAAUUAUUGAAUAUUCGUAUUUCAAAGAAAUGGAAGAAAGAGAAUUACAAAAUGAUCCAACAAUGUCUCUGAUUCAUCAAUGGGAACAACAAUUAGCCAGUGAAUCAGGUAACGUUUUGAAAUUUAGUAUGUGAAGUCCCAUAAUAAACAAACAUAUUCUAGCCCGCCCUGAUCCGUCUUUCACUGAAGCACUUCUCGAAUCAACGUUGAGUUCUGCAUAUUAA